AUGUCACGAAAGAUUUGCAUCACGGCCGUUGAUGGCCAAACCGGAUUCCUCAUUGCCGAGCUCAUUCUCAAAAAUGAAAAUUUUGCUGGCAAGAUUGAUUCGGUUGUUGGGCUCACUCUUGAUCCCAGGUCCGACCGCGCGCAGGAGCUCAAGGAUCUUGGAGCAACCAUCAUUCCCCAUGUCAUUGGGCGCGUUCGCACCGUGACAAAAGCGCUCAAGGACACAGGCUGUGAUACUCUCUGUCUUGUCCCUCCAGCGCAUGAGGAAAAAUUUGACAUAUGUGUAGAGCUGGCCCAUGCGGCCAAAAAGGCAAACAUCGUCAAUAUUUGUCUGAUUAGUUCAGCAGGUUGUGAUUACGCGGAUCCCCAGAAACACCCACAUCUUCGUGAAUUCAUCGAUUUGGAAAGCCUUGUUCUUGAGGCCAAGGGCGAUGCUAGUGCUGCGACAGGAUGCUCGCCUUGCGUUAUCCGCGCAGGUUUCUAUGCUGAAAACCUCCUCCUGUAUGCGCCUCAAGCUAAGGAGGAGGGUAUUCUCCCUUUACCUAUUGGUGACAAGCACAAAUUUGCCCCAGUCGCUCUAGGCGACGUUGCCCAAGUUGCGGCUCAUGUUCUCACGGGCAAAGGAAAACAUGGUUUCAGCGAUAAACACCGUGGACAGAUGAUGAUUGUUACGGGUCCAAUGCUUUGUGCAGGAGAUGAGCUCGCUACCGCAGCGAGCACAGCACUGGGAACCGAACUGAAGUUCGAAAACAUUUCCGAAGCGGAAGCCAGGAAGGUUUUGAAGGCUCAAUCAGAAAGUGAUCAAUCUGAACAAAAGUAUGUCCUCGAGUACUAUCGCCUGGUACGCGAGGGCAAGACAAACUAUAUUGCAACUACUGCUUUUCAUGAUGUCACUGGGGAACAUCCAACUGAGCCCGAGGCCUUCUUUCAGAUGUAUAGUGCUGAGAUGCGUCCGUAUAAGAAGGUCAAGCGCCAUCAUUAG